GUGUGUGUGUAUAUCAUUGUAUGUGCAAAAUAACACUCGUCUUUGUUUUCUUCUCCACACCACACAUAAAGAGAGAGAAACACAACCCAACAAAACCUCUUUUUGUUAUGGAUUGUAAUCUUUCUCAACAUUUUCUCUCUAGAAAUCUCAGCUCAAUGCCUCACGGUUCCGGCAGCUGACAUAGCAACCUCUGAUCUGGGUUCUUCUUUCAAGGUCUUGCAAGCAACUGGAAAACAGCUUCUUAUUUUUUUAUUUUUAGUUUGUUUUGUUAAAGGGUCUUGUUUGGUCGCUGACAAAGUUAAGGCGCCAGAUGGAAGGAAAUUAACUUGAGAGAAAAACAAGAAUGCACAGAAUCUUUCUUUCCUAUGAACCUUUAAGCAGUUUCUUUUAAGAAAAAUUCCCUGUCUUGGUAUUCAUUUUUCCUUCUAUUUUCAUUUUCAAUCUCCUGAUUUUUGAGUCUAACAAAGAAGAGAAGUGAAGAGCCAUACAUUGUUGUAGUGUGCUGUGGGGGUUGAGUUCAGAAAUGGGCCAUUUCUCCUCGAUGUUUGAUGGAUUGGCGAGAUCAUUUUCGAUAAAGAAAGAGAAAAAAUGUGGGACUUGUGAUGGAAGAGGAGCUGCAGAAGCAAUGGCAAAGGAAGCCAAGAAGAAUGACUCGAUUUUAUUGUCUUCUGGGUAUGUAAAUGUUGACGGCUCAAAAAAUUUUGCCUCGGUUUUCUCCAAGAGAGGCCAGAAGGGCGUUAACCAAGAUUGUGCCAUUGUCUGGGAGGAAUUUGGAUAUCAAGAAGACACGAUCUUUUGUGGAAUAUUUGAUGGGCAUGGUCCAUGGGGUCAUUUUGUUGCGAAAAGAGUUCGCAAAGCAAUGCCACCUUCUUUGCUCUGUAAUUGGCAGGAGACUCUUGCUGAAGCAUCAGUUCUUCCCGAAAUUGACUUGGACUCUGAUAAAAAGCAUCAUAGAUUCAAUAUAUGGAAGCAUUCUUAUAUCAAAACUUGUGCUGCUAUUGAUCAGGAGCUCGAACAACAUCGAAAGAUUGAUUCUUUCUACAGUGGAACAACCGCAUUGACCAUCGUUAGACAGGGUGAAUUCAUCAUUGUAGCUAAUGUGGGCGACUCUCGUGCUGUAUUAGCAACCACUUCUGAUGAUGGAAACUUGGUACCAGUUCAGCUAACAGUUGAUUUCAAGCCCAACUUACCUCAGGAGGCUGAGCGGAUAGUCCAGUGCAAGGGGCGUGUAUUCUGUUUAGAAGAUGAGCCAGGGGUGCAUAGGGUCUGGCUUCCGGAUGAGGAAUCACCUGGACUGGCGAUGUCUCGAGCCUUUGGUGAUUAUUGUGUAAAGAAAUAUGGAUUAAUUUCUGUGCCUGAAGUAACACAAAGGCAUAUAACCAGCAAUGACCAAUUUGUCGUGCUUGCAACAGAUGGGGUAUGGGAUGUCAUCUCCAAUCAAGAAGCGGUUCAAAUUGUGUCUUCAACGCCGGAUAGGGCAAAGUCAGCCAAGCGUUUGGUUGAGUGUGCUGUUCAUGCCUGGAAACGAAAGAAGAAGGGGAUUGCGAUGGAUGAUAUUUCUGCCAUUUGUCUUUUCUUCCACUCUGCAUCUCUAUCUCAACAAGUUACUAUUGUUUCUACCCCAAAAAAGUAAUGAAAAUCAGCAAGGAAAUGUUGCCUUGUUUAUCGCUUCUGGGAAACAAUUCUAUGUAUCUUAUUUAACUUAUCUAGACUGUCAGCGACCGCACAUAUCAGGCUUACACACA